UCUCAUUCCUUAAUCUUGAAUCCAUCUUUCGAAUUAACCUGAUCUUGCCUCUCGUUUCCUUGUCUAUCACGCUGUCAUUUUUUUUUGCCCGAAUAUAUCCCCCGUUGCCCCGAGCAGCUAUUUUAGUGAAAGCCAAAAUGUUGAAACCGUUUCAGAUAAGAGAUCUUCAUCGAUCUUCAUCCCAAGACAAUCUCGCUGGAUCUCAUAGUCUUGAUCAUGCCGUGGUAGAAGACUGCAGCACCCUUCAGGGUCACCAUCAGGGCAUUGUCCGGUUGUCUGCUACCGACUAUGAUGAGAUAACAGCAAACCAUCCUAGAGCCCGGCUUACAUACGUCGACGAGGAUGACGACGAGCUCAUCACGGUGGGGUCAUCUCUCGAGCUUUCUCAACGUCUCGAAGAACCCGUUGAUACUUCUGACAUUUCAAAACCGACGCUGGAAUCUAUCGCCCCUGAGCCGAUGCAUAUAUUUGACAUCCGACGGUCUAAUUCAGUGAAGAAUCUAUGGAAGAAGUUUGAAUAUAAGCCCCACUUAGAAGACGGUCAGGAUAGGGAUCAGAUCGGCACGGGGCCUACAGCUGCGGAUGCUUCUCAAUCUAAUGCACAAGAGGAGCCUAGCACCAGUCGCGAAUACCCUGGCUCCACUACGACCGAUGUUGCAGAACCGCUCUUGGCUGCAUUUGAGGCUGAGAUGGCCAGGAUUUUGAAUGCCACUAACACCGUCCAUGACGGUAACUCUCAACCGGAACCUCCAGCUGAGCCGCCAGCAAGAGCCGAAUCCAAUGACCGACGUCAGCAUCCGAGCGAUGCCUUUGCACAUGCUCUGCAUAAUCUGGUGGAGGGUGCCGAAAUGAUUAGUGCUGGCGUGAGAUCUAGGCUACCUGAGUUCGAGCGGCAGUUACAGAAUGUUCAGCGCACUCUUCCAGAACAUGUUGGGUCUUCGGUGCAGGUAGCCCUUGCAGCUCUGGACAGUCAGGCGAGGAACUUAAUCCAGGCACUCAAUAACGCAUCAACUGUGGGAGGACAAAGGGCGGGAAAUCUUUUCCAAACUGAACUACCUACCCCAGCCGCAACUAUAGAGGGUCUUCGUAAUAUGGCAUCUGAACUUGGCCACAUGGGAAACACAUUGUUUGAGGCCUUCGAAUCCGAGUUUAGGUGCAAUGCCUCAAGAAGCCAAGACCAGGGAGCCCCUGGAAAUCCACAACAAACGGAGCUUGCUGCUGGUGCCCGGCCUGAUAUCCCGGCAGCAUCACCCGAAGCUCAGCAAUCCAAUCCAGCCGCAAACUGCGAGAACGAGAAAGAACCUUCGGGUAUCAACACACAAGCUGCUCCAUCGACGCAGGUUGGAUCACCGGAAAGCUCGGUACUGCCCACGAAUCGCAACGCUGAUUCUUUGAUGGCGACACACCAACAGCCGGGGUCAUCGUCGCCGACGAUUCCACCAAGCCCAGAUGUUCAUGCGCAGUUUCCAAGCUUAUGGAACAGAUCACACCCCCUACCUCACAGACCUCAUCCCUCACCCCGCAAUUCCCAACCUCCAUUCGCCACACAAAACACGUUUUAUCCUCCUCCGACAUUCCCAGUGCCGCCUCCUUUACCUUCCGUGUUCUGGCCACAUGGACCUCCUCAUCAUCACCAUCAUCAUCCUCCGCCUCCUCCGCCUCCACCACAUGGCUUCCAUCCUCAUUCUCCUCAUCCCCGUGCUCCUCACCCACAUUUCCACCCUCAUGCGCCACACCACGGGCCUUUUUAUCCCACGGCAAAUGCUUUACAUGUACCUCCGCGACCACCACGCCAUCGGCAUAGAGAAUGGCCUGCGUCCCACCAUAGGCAGAAUGGCAAUGGAGCACCCGCACCCGAGGCAAUUCGCCGUUCUCAACCUGACUCACCCUCUUCUUCCACAGCUCGCUCUGCCGAAACAUCACUUUUCAUUGGGAAUGUGGGAUUCGGUGUUCACGAAGCAAUGAUCCGCGAUGUUUUCGCUUCCAAGGGAUUUUUAGUCGAUGUACAUCUGCCGCUAGAUGCAGAGACGGGAAGACACGCAGGCUUUGGUUACCUGCGCUUUCCUUCCAUCCACGCAGCAAAAGCGGCGUUGGACGCUUUGCAAGGUGCUCAUAUAGAUGGACACUCAAUCAAUCUUGAGAUCAGUGAUCACUCACCCAUCACCACGCUGGACACAUCACAGGGCCGCGAAGAAAACUCUAAUCAGCCGCCAGCGCCAUCUGAGCUUCAGUCUUCCUCUAUUGCCCCAACUAGAGCGAGGCAGGCGUCCGAACCACAAACUAGUGGAGAACAUGGUUCAUCCGACGAGCAGAGAUCGGCGCCCUUGACCGUAGCGGACCUCUGCUCGAGUGAUACCCUCCACUUGUCUAGGGCGUCUUCUAGCGAUACCAGUUUGGUUGGCUCCUCACUUUUAGACUCAGAACGACUCAAUACUCUAUACCCCUCGCUCUUGCCUGAAGGCUCUCCUCAACAACCUAUGGUGAGCGGCAACACAUCUACACAACUUCCAGAUCUCAGCCGCGAGCCAGAAGAGCGCCGUUUCCCACCAGUGUCACAAUUAGAUGCGCACUUUCUGGCCGAACGACGCGGCGGGGCAGAAACGUCUAGUGAAACCUCCACUCCCAGAACUAGAUCAACUUUCCAGAGCAGUGCCGGAAUCAACAGCCAUGACAGUUUGUAUGGGCCGACACCACAAAACCUUCCCGGUGCAUUUCCCCAAGACGCUCAAGAUAGUUUCCAACCAAGCCCUUCAUCGCUAGAAAUCGAUGCUACACAGCAGCGAGGCGACAACAAUCGUGUGCCUGCCUCAUGUUAUCGCCGUCGCCCCAGGACUGUGAGAUCUUUUCAUCCGUCACGAAGACAUUCGGGUCCGUGGGAUACCCUACGGGCUGAAGAGACUCAUGAUAAUACCAGGCCAUUGAGGCGACGGGCUACUGAACGCCAUUCCCUCCGGGAUGGCCGGGAGAUGAGCUCGACGAAUACCUUCAAUCGGCGAUCUUACCGCAGUGAUGCCAUACCCCGCCCAAACACGUCUACGGCUGAGAGUGGCACUGGAAGACAACGCAGCAUUGAUGACUGUGUGUCUGCACUGGCUAGCUUAGGUUAUGGAGGCGCCGAGGAAGGCGGGCUCCAGAGAAUUGCUGUGUAUGCAGCAGCAGUGGAUGGCAGGGUAUCGGACGCUAUCGAGAUGAUUGAGGAAGAGCGGAAAGCUUACGAGCAACAAGGAUCAGUGAGGUGAUCACUGCAUUCCUUUGCUGGGUUAUUUUUGAACUAUCUCACUAUCUAG